AUUCUGAGGGGGCUUGACGCUGCCCGACACGGCCAGGGCGACAGAGGGGCAGCCCGGACAGGCUAGCCAGGCAGGGUGGGACUCCCUCACUGGCCAAAAACCCUCUCAAGGGCAUCGCUGUCGCGCUGGGAGGGCAGGAAUAGGUGUUUUUUGGUCCUUGUUGGCACCAAUCAAGGAGCGUUGGUUUGUCCGAAUGACUUUGUUGAUGUGACCCGUGUUGGCAAGUCCUUGCCAAGGAGCUUGUGUGAAUUUGCGUUUCUCCCUCUUGGAUUCAAAUGUGGAUUGGAUUGCAGACCUGGAGUGUGUCACUUUCAGGCACACAGUAGCUGGAGCGUAUGGACGUGUUUGGUUUCGGGAAGAUGGCAAAGCUGUCAGGCCACAAGAACAAAUCGGCAGGCUGGCCUCCCCCCUCUGGGACGUGGGGCGCCCUGCAGGGCCCCCCGUACGGCUGGGACAUGGGCUCCCUCCGCGAGGGGCGAGACUACUUCAGCCACAGCCAAGUGUCCCAGAGCAGCUCUCUGGAGGAGGUGCGUCUCGACGGACUACAGCUGGUGCCCCCCGCCCCCCGCCUGGUGGAAAUGCGACGAGACCCCGUCCUGGGCUUCGGCUUUGUGGCGGGGAGCGAGAAGCCCGUGGUGGUCCGCUCCGUCACGCCAGGUGGUCCCUCGGAAGGAAAGCUGAUACCAGGGGAUGAAAUCAUCUUGAUUAAUGAUGAGGCUGUCAGCUCAGCUCCCAGGGAACGAGUCAUCGACCUCGUGAGGAAUUGCAAGGAGUCCAUUUUGUUGACUGUUGUCCAGCCGUACCCUAGUCCCAAAUCAGCGUUCAUCAGUGCAGCCAAAAAAGCCAAGCUGAAGUCCAAUCCGGUCAAAGUGCGCUUUGCAGAAGAGGUCAUCAUUAAUGGCCAGGUCCCAAACUCUGUGAAGGACAACUCUCUCCUCUUCAUGACAAACGUUCUGAAGGUGUACCUAGAGAACGGGCAGACCAAGUCGUUCCGAUUCGAUAGCAGCACAUCCAUCAAGGAUGUCAUCAUGACCCUCCAAGAGAAGCUGUCCAUCAAGUGCAUCGAGCACUUCUGUCUGAUGCUGGAGCAGAGGUCGGAAGGCUCGGGGAGCAAGCUGCUACUCCUGCAUGAGCAGGAGAUGCUAACUCAGGUGACACAGAGACCCGGCUCGGAUAAGAUGAAAUGCUUCUUCAGAAUCAGCUUCGUCCCAAAGGACCCCGUGGAUCUGCUACGGAGAGACGCCGUGGCGUUUGAAUACCUCUAUGUUCAGAGCUGCAACGACGUGGUCCUGGAGCGCUUCGGCUCCGAGCUGAAGUACGACGCCGCCCUGCGCCUGGCCGCUCUGCAGAUGUACAUCCUCACCAUGACGAUGCGGCAGACGCAGAAGGUUUCGCUCAAGUACAUCCAGAAAGAGUGGGGCCUGGCCCUUUUCCUUCCCCCUGCCGUGAGGUCCAGCAUGAAGGAGAAAAACAUCAAGAAAGCUCUGACGCACAUCCUCAAAACCAACCAGAAUCUAGUGCCUCCGGGGAAAAAGUUGUCAGCGCUGCAGGCUAAGGUGCACUACUUGAGGUAUCUCAGUGAUCUAAGACUGUACGGAGGGCGAGAGUUCAGAUCGAUACUUCUGCAAGGGGAGAAGCAAACCGAGGUCACCUUGCUGGUGGGGCCCAGGUAUGGCAUCAGUCACGUCAUAAACACCAAGACACACCUGGUGGCUCUGUUGGCUGACUUCAGCCACGUCAACCGCAUCGAGAUCCUCACAGAGGACGACACCAACGUUCGUCUGGAGCUCCACGUCCUCGAUGUCCGGCCUAUCACAUUAAUCAUGGAGUCCAGUGAUGCCAUGAACCUGGCCUGUCUGACAGCAGGAUACUACCGCCUCCUAGUGGACUCUCGACGCUCCAUUUUUAACAUGGUCCAUAGCAACAGCACUGUGGAAGACGACCUAGGCCAGGACAGACUACUGGAGUGGCCAUACAGCACUUCUCUGGGUAACUGUGAGGACCCCAAUGCCCAAGCAGAAUUACUGGAGCCCUACAACCGAGACUCAGUCUACUCCGACAACGGAGGACAGGAGAACAGCAUCUCCUACGUCCCCGACCCCCCCCAGCGGCCUCCCCCCAUGGAGGCGAGGAGAAGCCCCCAUCCUCCGCCUCUGCCGCCCUCCACCCGACACCAACCCCAGGAAUCCCCCCGCAGCGCCAAGGUCUCCUUCAUAUUCGGCGACCCUCCGCUGACCACUGUGAACCCCCAGAACCUGGGCUACGAGCGCCUGACGGAUGAAAGCCCCGAGGUGCCGGAGCACAGGCCCGCGUACUUGCACCACAACAACAACUCGACAGACUUUAGGACCCAGGGCGGGGCGGCCUUCCAGUACACGGGAAGCCCCCACGUGGUCUACAGCAACAUCGGCGCCCCCGACUGCGUGGAGGAGCCGCUGCUCCGCGACCUGUGCUACGCCGACACGACGGACGACGCCGAGGACGAGGACGACGCCAGCUGCGAGGAGGACUCGUCCGCGGCCGGGGGGGAGGGGCACGCCCCCGGGGGCGGGGCCGCGGCGGCCGGCAAGGCCACGUUCAUCGCCCUCUCCGGCUCCACCGACGACAUCAUCGACUUGACCUCGCUCCCUCCGCCGGAGGGCGAGGACGACGAGGAGGACGACGACACCCUGCUCCACUCCUUAAACCUGGCCAUCGCGGCUCCGCCCCAGGGCUUCAGGGACAGCUCGGACGAGGAGAGCCCGGAGGGGCGCCCUCUGAGCACGCUGGACAACGACGACAUCCCCGUGUCGCUGAUCGACGCCGUGCCCACCCGCGGGGAGAGCAGCGGGGAGAGGAGGCUGGACAACGCCGUGGUCAACACCCUGCAGGCGCUGGAGGCCCUGGCCGUGUCUGAGGACAGGCCUCGUCCACGACCCUCCAGCCACCCAGGUGUAUUGAUAUCUCGAGCCUUCAGUCCUGAAUCUUCUUCUGACUCAGGCAAUGAGACCAACUCCUCCGAGAUGACGGAGACCUCGGAGCAGGCGGCCCUCCACAAGCUCAACGAGACCACCGUGCGGCUGAUGAUGGCCACCCGGGACGGCUACCAGCCUCUGAUCGAGGAGCAGACCGAUUUCCCCACUUCGCCCAGGUCGGCAGGCGCCACCCAAAAGAAGCCCCACAGUCCCUCUCGACCCCGGGACGGAGGGCCACGGUCGUCCCCCGUGCCUCCUAGACCCGCCUCCCAAACGGACAUGCAGGUGGGCACCGACGGCACGGAGCCACGCUUGAACCCCGCUUCCAUCAAACGGCCCAACUCCGUGGCAGGUAAGCGCCCCAGGAAGUCGUCCGACUCCUCCAACGGGAAGUUCAACACGUUCAGCACGAGAGAGGGCCACAGGGGCGGCGGCCACCUUGACGAGGAGCGCACUUCCGUGUGUGAGACCGUUCAGAGGAGACCUCCCCCUCCUCUUCGGGACAACUCCAUGGCGGAAAGCCUCGGCUCGAACAGUGUGCCGAGGGGCCAUCGCAGCCUGCCCCGCCCUCCACCCCCCGCUGACCGCAGAGAGCCGGCGGAGCUGAGCGAGGCGACCGGUGGCGACGGCGCCUCGGCUCUGGGACGCGAGGAGGAGCACCCGAUGGCACCUCCUUUACCGUCUCCCACCAGGAAGCAGCGGGACCCCGGGCAGACGGAGCUGCCGGGAGAGCAGCCCCAGGCCAGGCAGGGCGUGGCCCGGCUGUGUGAGUACCACCUGGCCAAGAGAAUCUCCACCCUGCACAGCGAAGGCCACGGCUCCCUGCAGAGCUCGCUGUGUUCCUCUCUGGAUGCAGGCUGCAGCCCGGGGCACAGUGCCUGUCCCACCCCCACCGACUCCCCCCUCAUAGUCCCUGACGGAAAGCACCCUCUAUCCAGCUCCUCCACCUCCCUCCUCAGGGUCCUCAGCUACGAGGACAAGGCCCCACACGGCAUUCCCGGCCAAAACCCCCAGGGCAGGGACCUCCACCCCCACGCGGACCCCGCCCUCCUACGGAAGAUGCUGCCCAACAUUCACCCUCCGGGGUCAGAGCCCAGCAGAGAGGACUCCGUCCGGAACCUCAAGAUGAAAGAAACCACAGGUACUGCUAGAAGGAGUAACCUUCACAAUGAUCUGCAUGCCAAGCCAGCCUGUUUAAGGGGUGUAAACCAAAAGGAGGGGAGCGAAGCGUAUAGGCAGUUGAUUAACUACCUGACAGUAAGCCAGAUGCACCAAGGGGGCCAGUUGCACAGUGCAGGCAUGGGAGGCGGGGGGGUGAAAAAAGACUCGAGGAAGUUCAUUACCAGUAACCCCCAGCUGAUAGAGAUGGUCAGAAAUAAAGGGAACACCAUUGCCCGAUGUCCCUGCAUGCCCCCCUCGUCCUCCCCCUUCCUCAGCCCUAAUCUAGGGAACCCCAAUCCCAAUACAGCCGCCCUACAGCGGGCUAGCAAAAGCCCCCGGCCGUACCACUCUGCCACCCUGCCUGCCAAGCUGAAGAACAGUCCUGACUUGCAUGCUCAGAGACCGACCAACAGUCUUGAAGUGAGGCACAAUAGCGCCGAGAGGAGGAGCUCCUUUUCCGGCAUGGAGAGCGAGUUAGAGAGGGCCGUCGAUCCCGAGCGCUUCCUGUCCUUGUGUAAGAGGGACGGCGUCCGCGAGGGGGGCGUCAGCCGCCUCCCCCCCAGAGCGCGGAGUGUCAUGUCCCAGGUCAGCAACCCAGAGGACUGGCUAAAGUCUGACUGCAGGACGAAGCAUGCCGUCCGGCAGGCUCUUAAUGAUUCUCUCUGUUUCUCUACCGCCCCUAGUGUAGCUCGCACUGAGCCGCUGGGAACGACACUGGGAGCGGGGGACCACCCAUCGGCUUUUACUAGGCAGGCUAGAACCUGCGUCGCGGCCACCGCAAACCUAGCCCCUCCGCCACCUCCCCCUCCUCCUCCUCCCCCUCCGCCACCUCUGCCAAUGCAAGCAAACAUGAGCUCCAGAAAUUGCAUCGUGCCAAAGCAGGAGUCCACCGCGCAGUACAGACAGAACCACAUCCAGGCCGUCAACCCCGCCUUCCGUCAGGGCGAGUCCCGCCCCAAUAGCCUCCAGCGGGGCAGGGAGCUCAGGCGCAGCUCCAGCAGUGUGACCGCCGGCUCUGGGAGUGUGGAGGUUCUCUUUGACAAAUCCCGGACCGGAAGCCAGCAGCAGAUAUCAUCCCAGCAGCAGGGCGAGUCCAAACUGCAGAGGAGGCCCACGAGAAAGAGGCUGUCUAAGAGCUACUCCCAGGGCUCCGUGGCCUCCCACACCACCUGCUGGUCUGCUGGGACCAGGGACAGCAGGAGGGCCUCAGUGGUGUUCCCCCUGCACAAAGACACCAAACACCUGAAGGCCUCCCAGAAGCUGGACACCAGCCCCUGGAGGUGCAACGGACCCUUUAGCUACUGCUUCUUCAAGCGAAAGAGCCAGGCGGAGGAGGACGAGGUCGAGGUCGAGGUGGAGAGGCCCAGGCGCUGUCGCGGCGAGCUGGAUGAGUCGCCGUCUCCCUGCGGCCCGGGCCCGGGCGGCUCGGCCCUGGACGCCGCCGGCGACCAGCUGUACGGGGAGGUCCUCGACAACAUGAGCUUCAGCGACCGCCUGGCGCGCAUCAAUGCCCUCAAGGACCACAUGUACGUCUAUCCGUCCGGAUUCGCAGAGGUGCGCCGGGACGCCAGCGAGCUCAUAGCCCUGGUGCGCUCCAGCGUCGGAAGGGGGGACCGGGGCAUCCAGAUGCCCCAGGUCUCGGACCUGUCCCAGUACAAGCAGCUGCUCUCCAUCGAGUCCAAGGAGCUGGGCCGUGCGUGCCGGAGGAUGUCCCAGGCCCACGGAAGCCCCGAGGACAUGCUGCUGGCGGUCACCUGCAGCUUCCAGGUGCUGUGCUGCCUGUCGGAGGCCUGCAUGUGCCUGGUCAGGGGCCUCGGCCCAGCAGCUUCCCAGCAGCAGAGGGAGGUGGUGGCCAAGGUGGACGAGGUGGUCAUGAACUACAUCUGUCUGCUGCGCGCAGCCGAGGCUGCAGCCAUAGGAGCCCCCGGGGAACACAGUGUCAAAGCCCUGGUCCGUCACUCCAGUACCAUGGCGGCCAUAGCCAACGCGCUCACCCGCUCCCUCAAAACGCUGCUUAACAAGUAAACGCGUCUGUGCUGUAUGCAUCGAUUCGUGUCGAGCUCAUUUGCUAAGCCAUCCAGUUUCAGAACUUUGUGAUAUUACUACGACAUCCUUCUUCCUGUGCAUAACUUACUCUAUAUGUAUAAAAUGUACAUACACUCCCUAAAUAUAGACAUUUCAAGAGGUCAUUUAGUAGGCAGGCAUCUGAUCUACUUUAUUUACUCUUUGAAAUGUUAUUUAUGAUAUAGAGUAAGUUCAAACGCUGAGAGGUUUGAUCAAUACUAUUGAUCAAGCAUCAAACUGACACGCUCUUACUGUAUUUUUAUUUCGUUUUUUGUGUCUUUUUUUGUCUUUUUUUUUACAAAUAGAGAGGGCAUAAAACAGUAUAUAGUGAAAAGGAUUCUAAAAUAUAAGUCAAUAUCCAAGAGCAUUUAAACAGUUUGCAGUUUACAGUUUAAUCUUUAAGUUAUUUAAUUAUGUGUUUAGAUUUGGACUCCAUGUUGUCCCUAUCUAUUAUGUACACUAUGUAAAAGAAUACAUUUGUUCCUUUGACUACAAUAUUAAAUGCCACUAAAUAUUUUUUUCAGCGUUCCUCAACCUAU